AUGGCGGUGCAGGCGGCUGCGGCGGGCGGCUGGGGCCGGAGCCGGGGCGCUGUGCUGCUGCUCUUCUUCUCGCUCUCCCGCCGCCCGCCCGCCGGGGCCGCCUGGCUGCUGGGGCUGCGGCCCGAGGACACGGCCCCGGGCAGGGUCUGGCUGGAGGCCGGCGCGCUGGGGGCGGUGGAGGGGGCCAGCUUCCUGCUGCGCCUCUACUUCCAGCCGCCGCCCGAGGGGAACGGCAGCCGCGGGCCCCCCGGCGCGGACAGCGAGCCCCGCCUGGUCUUCAUCGAGGAGCCGCCGGCGGGAGCGGGCCCGGCGCCCGGGGAGCGCUGCCCGCAGCAGAGCGCCUGGGCCUCGGACGUGGAGGUGCUGGGCCCGCUGCAGCCGGGCGGCUCGGCCGGCUCCGCCCUGGUGCGAGUGCGGGUGCGGGAGCCGCGCAAGGGGGAGCCCGGGGCCGGCCCGCGGGGGCGGCUCUUCUCGCUCUGCGCCUGGGACGGGCGCGCCUGGCAGCACCACGGCGCGGCGGGCGGCUUCCUGCUGCGGGUGCGGCAGGCGGCGCGGAAGCCCUGGCUGCUCGGGCCGCUGCCGGCGGCGGGCUGGCUCCGGGCCCUGGGCGCGCUGCUGCUGCUGGGGCUGUCGGCGCUGUUCAGCGGCCUGCGCCUGGCGCUGCUGUCGCUGGACCCGCUGGAGCUCCGCGUGCUGCGCAACAGCGGCUCGGCGGCGGAGCAGGAGCAGGCGCGCCGCGUGCAGGCGGUGCGGGGCCAGGGCGGCACCUACCUGCUCUGCACCCUGCUGCUGGGCCAGGCCGGGGCCAACGCGGCGCUGGCCGGCUGGCUGUGCGCAUCGCUGCCCGGCCAGGGCGCGGCGCUGGCCGGCUGGGUGCAGGGCGUCCCCUGGCUGCCCGUGCUGCUCUGCACCGGCGCCGUGUUCCUGGGCGGCGAGGUGGUGCCCUACUCGGUGUGCUCCCGGCACGGGCUGGCCAUCGCCUCGCACACGCUCGGCCUCACCCGCCUGCUGAUGGCCGCCACCUUCCCCCUCUGCUACCCGCUGAGCCGCCUGCUCGACUGGGCGCUGCGCCAGGAGCUCAGCACCUUCUCCACCCGCGAGCGCCUGCUGGAGACGCUGCGCGCCGCCGACCCGCACAGCGACCUGGUGCGGGAGGAGCUGGCCAUGGUGCAGGGCGCGCUGGAGCUGCGCACCAAGACGGUGGAGGACGUGCUCACCCCGCUGGCCGACUGCUUCCUGCUGCGCUCCGACGCCGUGCUGGACUUCGCCACCGUCUCCGAGAUCCUGCGCUCCGGCUACACCCGCAUCCCGGUCUACGAGGGCGACCGGCGGGACAACAUCGUGGACCUGCUCUUCGUCAAGGACCUGGCCUUCGUGGACCCGGACGACUGCACCCCGCUGCAGACCGUCACCCGCUUCUACCGCCGGCCGCUGCACUGGGUCUUCAGCGACAGCCGCCUGGACACGCUGCUGGAGGAGUUCAAGAAGGGUAAAUCGCACCUGGCCAUCGUGCAGCGGGUGAACAACGAAGGGGAAGGAGACCCGUUCUAUGAGGUGAUGGGGAUCGUCACGCUGGAGGAUGUCAUUGAAGAGAUCAUCAAGUCCGAGAUCCUGGAUGAGACAGAUCUUUACACAGACAACCGAAAGAAGGAAAGGGCACUGCACCAAGGCAGGAAGCCGCACGACUUCUCCAUCUUCAGGCUCUCAGACAGCGAGAUGAAGGUGAAGAUCUCCCCUCAGCUGCUGCUGGCCGCGCAUCGCUUCAUGGCAUCAGAAAUCGAACCCUUCAAAUCUCCCUGCCUCUCGGAGAAGAUCCUGCUGAGGCUCCUCAAACACCCCAACGUCAUCCAGGAGCUGAAGUACGACCAUAAGAACAAGCGGGCCGUGGAGCACUAUCUCUACCAGCGCAACCGGCCGGUGGACUACUUCGUCCUCAUCCUGCAGGGCAAAGUGGAAGUGGAGAUUGGCAAGGAAGGGCUGCGGUUUGAGAACGGAGCGUUCACCUACUAUGGCGUCCCAGCCAUCAUGGCUGUCAUCUGCUCAGAUAACGAUGUGCGGAAAGUGAGCAGCCUGGCCGGAUCCUCCUUCCUGUUGCCCGUCUCAGUGUCCCGUACCUUCGCCGUCAGCAGAGGGGAAUCCCUGGCUGGCUCCCCAGUAAACCGAUCGCCAUCUCGCAGCAGCGGGCUGAAUCGCGCUGAAUCCCCAAACCGGGAACGCAACCACUACGGGGGCAGCAACACCCAGCUGUACAGCAGCAGCAACAACCUCUACACGCCCGACUACGCCGUGCACAUCCUCUGCGACGUGCAGUUCGUCAAGAUCACCCGGCAGCAGUACCAGAACGCACUGGCAGCCAGCCGCAUGGACAGCUCACCCCAGUCCCCCGACAUGGAGGCGUUCAAUGAUGGCAACUCCACCAAGGCCCCGACGGCCCGGGGGACCCCACAGACCCCGAAGGAGGACCCCACCCCUACCCUCCUGAACGAGAGGAACAGCAUCGUUUGGGGCCGGUCGGACGGGCUCCGCAGCCCCUGCGACUCCACGUUCCUUCACGUGGAGGGAAUCCCCUUCAUCAGGGAGGAGCUGGCAGACAAUGAGGAGAACAGCAAGCGGCAGGCCAGCGAAUGCUGUGACAUCGCCCUGGAGCCGGAGAGCCCGAACAGAGAGACAGCGAGCGGCACGUCCCCAAGCGGCACCGCGGAGACCCUGGGCAAGCAGCUGCUGAGGACACUGAGUGGGCAGAAGAGGAGGCAAUCCCCAGAUGGCGAGACGCCGCCGGAGGAGAAUUCCAACCGAGCGCCGUUAAUCACCUGAGCGGCAGCGUGGCUGGAGCGCGGCGCUGGAGUCCCAUGUGGCCUGGAGGUCUGCAGCAUGAGAGCCUCCUGCAGCGCCUCGUGUGCGACAGCAGCAGGUCUGCACGCCGCUGCCUGCCCUCCCUCCAGGACGUGUGUCGAGCCCCAGGCGAGAACGGCAAGGCCCCUGGGUGGGACUGAAGCAGAGGCAGCAGCCCUGGACUUGCCAGGAAGUCAGGGCACGUGGCCGGCUGCUGCCCUGCUGCCAGGCAUUCCGUCUCAAAGAGGAGAAAGACAGAAGUGGCAGUGCCUGCGGCGUGGUUCCCCUGCGGCAAGAAGCAGGGAGAGGCGGACCCAGCUCAGGCUGCCCAGAACAUCCUUUAAUACUUUACAGCAGCUCCCAGCCCCUUUUGAAUCAGGGCCCCAUAGCACUGGGCGCUGCAGCCAUAACGAGAUAGGCUCCUGCCCCAAGGAGCGCCAGGCUCUGGGCAGUGCCCAUCCCCUCCCACCACCUAGUUUGUGCAGUGACAGUCAAAACCUGCCCUCGCACUCCAGUCUGUCCCUGGGGAGCAGUGAACUGCCCCUCCUGCAGGCACUGCCCAGUGCUGAGUGUAUCCGCCCCCCUCAGCUGGGGAAAGGGAAGGUCAGAACUGCGCUUCAACCACCAUGACCCUGCGACAGGCCUCAGCUCAGAGCCACGUGUUGGCAUCAGAAUGUUCAAGAGAGUUUUAAAUCGCUGCUCUGGCGGCUGAAUGCAAUGUAGAUCCUUGACAUUAAAACCAUCCCUC